ACUUGAGGGCGCUCUCUACAGCUCCAGAGACGUGAUCGCAAAACGAAAAGCAAGCGUAGACUAGAACUUCCUCGGAGGAAAUCAACGUUUUUCGAAAAUCAACCAAUCUUCCUUCACGAUGUCUGUCUUUGUGCGAAUGUUUAGUGGACGUACGCUGUGUUUACAAGAAGAUAUCUGUGGUAACAACGGAGAAAAGUUGACACAGAGAAUCAGCGAAUUAGAAGGCAUCCCAGCCACGUUCCUGUCGAUCUACCAUCAUGGAAGGAAAGUCAACCAGACUGAUGUCAUUGAGCCCAGGGAGUGCUAUCAAGCCUUGCUGUGCCUCAAGGGAGGCAAAGGGGGUUUUGGGUCCAUGUUGCGCAUGCUCGGUGCUCAGAUUGACAAAACGACCAAUCACGAUGCUUGCCGGGACCUUAGUGGGCGGAGAAUGAGAGAUGUCAAUAAUGAAAAGAAACUGAGUGAGUGGAUCACGAAGAAGGCAGAGAAGGAACGAGAGAGGGAAGAGAAACGCCGACAGAAGUUGGAGAGACUGAGACACGAACCUAAACACUUUUUUGUAGAUCCCAACUAUGAUAAGCAGAAACAGGAAGUAAUCGAGAAUCUGGAUGACGCCAUCACACAAGGAAUUCAAGCUGCUGCUUCAGUCAGCUCUGGUGCUUCCUCCUCAGGAAUUCAGUCCGUCAAGAGAAAAGCAGAAGCUAGUGAUAUGAGCAGUAAGAAGAGAUCUAAGACAUUGUGGAUGGGAGUGGAGGAAGGCAGUGACAGUGAUGAUAGUGAAGAUGAGGAAGAAGUCAACACACCCACUGCCUCCUCAGAUUCAUCUACAAGUAGCGACUCAUCAAACAGUGGCAGCAGUACUCCUAUUGUCUCAAGAGACAGUCCUUCCAGUAGCACGGCCGACCGAGAAGAUUCAGAACCUGAAACUAAACUGACUGUGACUGAUAAGGAGGGAAGUGGAGAUAGCAAGGAGGGUUUGGAGGAAAUCAAGACCGAAAAUGGAAAGUCUGAAGGUGGGAAUUCCUUGUUGAAUGUCUUACCUGCACCUACACACAGUGAGAAUGGGAACACCGGAGAUGGCAUCAAGGCUGAUGUAGAUCAGAAGGAAGAACCGUUCAAUUUGGAUUCCUACUCAUCCGUAGCUGAGCUUGAAUCCCUGGGCCUGGACACCCUGAAGUCUGCCCUCAUGGAGCGAGGCAUGAAGUGUGGUGGUACCCUACAGCAACGAGCAGAGAGAUUGUACUCAGUCAAGGGUAUCAGCCUUGACCAGAUUGACCCUUCACUGCUGGCCAAACAAAACAAGGGCAAGAAAGCUAAAGGAAAGUAAUAACCACAGAUGUUUGCAUUUUAAAGAUUUAGUUUAGAAAAGAAAAAAACUGAAUGAGGAUUAAGGUAUUAGCCUUCAGGACUUAACAUUUAGGUGCGGGUUUGUUAUCUAAGCUGUUCCAUUUCUGAAUGUCAUUUCUGCAUUGAGCCAUUAACUAAGACCCCUUUACACAGGGCUGCGACCUUUGGGCCUCCCUUGUGCGACCAUAAAACUGGCCAGGUCGUCGUUGGGGGCUCAAAGGAGGCUGAAUGGUUGCCUAGGUCGUUCAAAGGUGGUACACAGGAUGUUCAGACAUAGCCAUGGACGCCAUGGUCGCCGUAAAUUUUUGAACAUGUUCAAAACAGUCGCACAAAGGUCGCCGAGGAGGUUGGUUGCUCAAAGGUGGCUCAAAUGAGGCAGAAGGGAGGCACAAGCAUUACCGUGGUUGCAGAAUGGAUGCACACUGGUUGGCCAAUGGUUGCCACGUAAUAGAUCCGUUCUGUUGCAAAUUUUACAGUCAAUCUGGGCGAUAUGCUUCUACCUCCCUGUGCCUCAAGGGUCACCUAGGAGGCCAAAGCAUGGCUGAAUGGUCGACCAGUGAUCGCUGUUAUAGUUGCCGUUGGUCACCGAUGAUGGCAUAGAGGAGGCACAGGGGAGGCUCAAUGGUUGCCCAAACAUUGCUCGGGGGUCGCCUAUGUUGCCUAUAAUCGCAUUGGUUGCCAUAGGUUGCACAGGGAAAGCACAGGGGAGGCAGGCAAGUGGCUCAGUGGAUGCACAGGUCGCUCGUAGUUCGACAUGAAAAUGCCCGAAAAUUGCAGUUUUGGUGGUUCAAGGGAGGCACAAGGAUCGCUGUAGAGCAGUUACAUAGAAACAGGAUUUUCUGGGUUUAGGCGACCAUUGAGCGUCAUGGCCAUUUUUUGGUCACUCAUAGGUGGUACAAAGGUCGCAGCCCUGUGUAAAGGGGGCCUAAGGAAGAAAAUAAAAGUUGAGUGGACAACUAUUCCAAAAAUAAGGACAUAUUUUAGGGAAAUCGUUUUGGUUGUAACAUUGAAAAUGAAAAGGUUUGAAUCAGGAACAGACCCAUGUUCUCAAAAUGUAACAGCAUUCCAUGUUUUGGAUGUUGCCUGAUAAAUGCAUUUCUAUAUAUUUCAAUUUAAUGACCUCACUUUGUUUUUAAGCAGUUUCUUAUUUUUAAUUUAAAUAACUAGUGUUCUUUUGUUUUUAAACAACUAGUGUUCUUUUGUUCUUUUAAAGGUGGCUAUUGUUUUUUUGUUUUUUUGCCAUUCCAGUUCAAUAACCCUGAGUUUUAAAAUUUUAAGAUUUUUUUAUCAUUACCAUUUGUAAGAUUUUACAUGAACGGUGUUUUAUGUUGCACAUCCCUAGGUGUUUUGGGUUUUUUUCCGUGGGGGGGGGGGGGGGUGUCAAAACAGGAUUUGAGCGAUAUCCACUUACAAAGAACUGAUUUCCACAGAUGUGCUGUUUGUGGUAACACAUAUAUUGAAAUAAAGCAAAAGUCAUAUUUGAAAUUUGCAUUUGCAUAUUUGCAAUAAAUACUUAAGUUGUCCUCAGCAUAUAUUAUUUGAUCCAAAUACAUUUUGGCAUUGCAUAUUGUAAUUAUGUAACAAAAAUUAUUGUACAAGAAAAUUAUCUUUAAAACAAAUAUUCAAUAACUUGAAAGUUACGUUUUUCAAGUUCAAACAAUGAGGAAUUCAUUUCAAAACCCUUUG